GCAACAUCAUUUCUCGAACAACGUGUUUGUGCUCUUCCCUGCGAAGGCGUGACAAGUGCAGCGAAGAUCAUGGCCAGCUGUCCUGUAGCCGACAAACACCUCUUGGAUGAGAUCGAGGCCCUGGGGUGUCGGACGACGCACAAGAACCUCGACGUGGUGGACCAGUGCGACACGCUCCUGGUGGCGCUCAAGCCUAACGUGGUGCCGGCUGUGCUCGAGGAAGUGGCGCCUGCAGUGCAGCAGCGACACCUGGUGGUCUCCCUAGCGAUGGGAGUCACGCUGGGCGAUAUACAGCAGAGGCUUCCGUCGGGGACCCGCGUGGUGCGUGUCAUGCCCAACACGCCGUGCCUGGUGCGCCAGGGGGCCAGCGUGUUCGCGCGCGGUGUCACUGCCACCGCCGACGACGCGGACCUCGUGUCCCGCCUGCUGGCCAGCGUGGGCCACUGCGAGGAGGUGCCCGAGUCGCUCAUGGACGUCGCCACGGGGCUCAGCGGCAGCGGACCGGCAUACGUCUUCGUCACUAUUGAAGCCCUCGCCGAUGGUGCAGUGCGACAAGGGAUGCCGAGAGAUCUGUCCUACAGGCUAGCUGCCAACACUGUCUUAGGUGCGGCUAAGAUGGUGCUGUCAACGGGGAGGCAUCCCGGCUCGCUAAAAGACGACGUGAGCUCACCGGCCGGGACAACUUGCGAAGGUCUGUGGGUGCUCGAGAAGGCUGGCUUCCGAGCAGCGCUCAUAGAGGCUGUCGCUGCGGCUACCGCAAGGGCCGCUAGAGGUCGCCACUGAACGACCAGUGCAUGUUGCUCUGACCAGUGCCAGAAAAUACAUUUCACAAUGCUCGUGAAUGUGGAUUAUGAGCAGCGCCUAAUAUGGUGCAAGCGCCCACUUGAUCACCAGAUACGUGUAUAAACUGUGCGUGGUCUUUUGGAUCCUGGUCGUUUAUGGCCUCAUAGCCAAUUUGUGCGAGACGAAGCUCAGUUUCCAAUGUCAUGUCUUGCUAUUAUGUUUUGUAUUUCAACGUGUAUAAACUCGCUUAAUUAACCUUAAAUGCUCGGCGUUGAGUGAAGGCUUGAGCACGAUAUAGUCAUUCCUUGCUUUAGGAGACUAUUAUGCGUGCAUGAGAAGAACGAUAUUGUGAGUAAAAGUAUGAAAUUUUGGUCGUGGUAGGUUGGAUAAUCUCACAGUGAUUUUUACGGUCAGGUUUUAAUGUCUAGCAUCAAGGAUGCGCCGCUCUUGCAGCAAGAUGUUUAAAUUUUCUUGCAAGUUGGCGCUUGCCACUGUAAUUUUUCCGUGAUUUUCGUUAUUCGACAUAGACAGCCCAUUGUUUUCCUUUAUGCUACAAACUAUAACUUUGCGUGCUCAUGUCCUGAACCUUCAAAAACUCAACCAAGUCGAGGACUGAAUUGCCCAGGCGCCCACGCUUAGUAGGUUCAUGCGUGCAUAUAUAUCCUGCAAAGGAUAUUGCUGAGGAUGAUGCUUACUCAAUGCAUCAGAGUGAGGUGGAGACCGUAUUAUUUUGUUAGUUUAGCAAAUUUCUACUAUGUAUAAUACACGCGUUUAGAUUGUUAUAUAUUAUGCAUGAUUCCUGUUUUACUUUGCUAUAAUGAGAGUGUUUUAUGCUGCACAAUGCAAGAACUUUUUUUACUCUCCCCACCCAUGUCAGCAGGCAAAAAAAAAAAAUCUUGCUGUUCUCUACUGCACUGCCACGCCUUAAAAAUUGCAGCAGUAUUUAUUCAACAUUUAUUGUGCGCAAUAGAGAAGCCCGCCAUUGCGAACGUUCGCACUGUCAUAUAGCUAUCACGUAGUCGCUGCUGCCACUUGGCAUCAGAGACCGUUUUAUAUGCACUCUAAGGUGACCUAUCAUAUGACAUUGAGGUCGGUCAGACCUAUGGCGAGUGUGUAGGUGCAUUGUU